UCAAAUCACGCAAUUUGAAAGUACGUUACAAUUAGCGUACAAAAAUUACAACGUAACUUUUAGACAAUGCAGAUGAAUGAGUUUUUCUGGAGAUUAGUGAUUUUCUUCGUGAACGAGGCUAUAUUAGAUAUAUGAAAAUACAGUUUGCAGUCGUUCCUUUUCUUUUCUUUCCUGUUCUUCCCCCCGUCUUCCAUUGGACGCCUUCUUCCUCCCGUCCCAUUCUCUCCUCCCAUCAAACUUUUUCGAAUGUAAAAGUCUUACAGCCGAGUUGGAGCGGGAUAGAAGGACGUAUUACAGGAUAAUUAAACAAUACGAGGUAAAAUGCAUACUUUAAAACUAGGGUAAAAAAAAAAAAAGUACUAGCCGAUGUAUUUUUUUUACUACCGAAAAUGUGAAACGCUUUUAAGGAUAUUUAUUGAGAAUAAAGAAACACGCUGUUCUCCGACAAUAGUACUCACACGUGUGGCAGAAGCUAUACUCCUGAAGGAGAGCACUGAAGAUAAAAUAUAGACGUAUUUUAAGUUUGGAAGAAUUAACAUGGUGGAUAAGGGCCCUUUAUUGACUUCAGGUAUCAUUUUUUACCUGUCUAUCGGGGCUGCGAUAUUUCAAAUUUUGGAAGAACCGAACUGGAAGCGUGCCGUGUUCAACUAUACUGCUGAAAAGGAAAGAAUACUCAAUGACCACCCUUGUCUCAAAAAAGCGGACUUGGACCGAAUUUUGAAGUUGGUGUCAGGGGCCGCAAGUCAAGGCAUCACUAUUGUUGGUGACGGAACAUUACCGAACUGGGACUGGCGCAAUGCUGUCGUUUUCUCGGCCACAGUCAUUACCACGAUUGGUUAUGGGAACAUCGCGCCUAAGACGGCCCGAGGCAGGAUCUUCUGUGUCAUCUAUGGGCUCUUUGGCAUCCCCCUGUGCCUCACUUGGAUCAGUGAGCUGGGAAAGUUCUUUGGAAGCCGAGCCAGACGUUUUGGAGAGUUCCUUAUAAGGAAGGGUCUCACCCUGAGGAAGGCCCAGUUUACGUGCACUGCCAUCUUCCUGCUUUGGGGCUUGGUGGUGCACCUGGUGAUCCCACCCUUUGUGUUCAUGUAUUAUGAGGGCUGGUCCUAUGUCGAGGGUUUCUACUUCUCUUUUGUCACCUUGACCACCAUUGGUUUUGGUGAUCUAGUGACAGCUGUGGAUCCAAAUGCAGGUUACCCAGUCCUCUACUGCUUCUUUGUCCAGUUAUGGAUCUGCCUUGGCUUGGCUUGGCUGUCGCUGUUCUUCAACUGGAAUGUCCACAUGGUUGUGGAAGCCCAUAAGGCCCUGAAGAAGAGGAGACGGCGCCACCUGGAGGGCCCGCAGCAGCAUGAAAAGGUUGAGGCUAAGGCGGUUCUGCCCAACGCCGUUGACAUCUUCAGCUUUCUGUCAGAGAAACAGGAGGGUUAUAGUGAUCAUAUCAAGCACAUUGGUGAAGAGAGGAGGACGGACAAUGCCAUAGGGACGGUUUUGAUUCGCUCCAAGAGUUGCAGUGACAAUAUUGGUGGGAUGAGAAUCCUGACAUACGACCACUCACUGCGACGGAAACGCCGCCACAGUUUCAGUGAGCACCUCACCGAGGCUUACGCCAAGAGGAUGAGUCAAGUCCAUUCUGAUGUAGGCAUCUCCCAGGAUUCAGUCAGCAUCCAGCUGAAUAUACAUGCUUCAGAGGAGGGAGGGACCAUAUGGGCAACCAAGGAAAAUCAGCCUCUCCUCUCUCAGGAGGAUGGCAUCUGCCUUGGGAAUGAAGAGAACCUCCUGAAGAGUGGCAGUGAGUCUGGAACCAGCGACUCUACGGCGGAAGAAAAAGCCGGGCCUGAGAGCCCAGCAGCGGAGGAAAGAAGCUCAGGCUCGGAGGAUUUGGAUUUUGAGUUAGUUGAUUCAAUCUACUACAGCUCCCGAGAACAGCUAGUGAAAGAGGAAGACAAAGGUUGAGACUCUGCUAGCUCUAGCUGUGUCAUUAAUUUGGAUCAGACUUUCUAUCCUCAAUAUUACACAAAUUGUAUUUCAGUUCAAAUGUUUCAUUCAAGUGAUCAAAUAUUUUAUAGCAAGUGUUGUGUAACAAUUUACAACCUAGGGAUAAGGCAGACAACAGUCAUUUGCGUCACACUUAAAGGGUCACUUUAAGGUCUAAUGCUACAUCCUGCAUGACUGAUACAUACAAAUAAGACUGAGAGUACAAUGAUAUAUAUUGUCACUGUCCAGUGAAAAACACAUCUCCAAAGAUCCAUUAUUUCCGGAGUGGAGAAAAAUGCAUUUUCUCAGAAACUACUUUACAAAAUCAACCUAAAACAAUGUGACACCCUUAGCAUCACAAACACAAACUCUCCACACAGCCAUCAGUAAACUGUUUGUUUUAAAUGGACUUACGUGGAUUGUUUUCAGCCAGGCAAAUCUAGCUAUCAACUUUAAGCUGAAAUUGGCCAUAUAAAGCAAUCCAUGCACACAAUCGUCAUGAACAGAAAUGUUAACUAGUACAAACAUAAGUACUAGUUAAAUAGAUGACUUCACUAAAUAUUUUUGCAUUUAUCAAUUAGAUGUCAAACGCUAUCAGUAGACGAGGUGCAUAACAUUGAUAGUAAAAAAAUCACAAUUGACGAAAAGUGGACAAACGCGGUUUUCAUUGGACAGCAGUGAUAUAUUCAGUUAUUUAUUCAUUAAGAAAAUAGAGGCUCAAUAUCUAUGGGCUCAAUAAUACCAAUUUUUAAAGCACAAAAGAUAAUUGUCAACAGCUAGCUGGUGUUGAAAGCUCAGUAAGUUUCUCCCUAUUUAUAGAGUACCCUGAAAGGCUCUUCAGCACUUUGUCCAAUUUCAUUUUCUAGAUAAUGAAAGGAAAUCUCAGGUGAUCUGUCCACACAGCUAGCUGCAUGUUGUGUUUUCACCAUGUUGGUGCUUAUUACAGCUUUGACAAAAUGACAGUCCUUCCUGUGGAGGGUUUUCAGGACUACCCCGAACCCCAAACAUUUAUCUGGAAUUGUUGGAAAGUGCUUUGACUACUGAUAGUCAUCAUUCAGGCAUUAACAGAGGGAUUCUUGACUCACCAAUGAACUUAUUCCUUUGACUUGCAUUCUUCAUUCUUCAGACUUCUCUAUAAGAUACUGCCUUUCAAAGUGCCACAGAAGGCUCUUUUUGAGGUUAAUAUAAAUCUCUGCAGGGCCUUGGAGAUCUCUCACAUCAUGUAAGUUUCUGAUGAUCUCGGGUAAUAUUGAAAUUUGAUGAAGUUGAGAUGUCCACUGUUUAUUAGAGCAGUAAUGUAUUGAGUUGAACAUGACAAAGCCAAAUGUAGCCACAGCACUGUAUUUAUGACUUGAAUGACUGACAAAUAGAAGCUGCGCUUUUGUCCUUAUCCAAAGGCAGCACUAAGCUGUGAAAUGGUGUUUCCUGCCAGGAUAUCCGCCACCUUGCCUUGCCACGCUGUAUUUUUAGGAUAGACUCAGUUGUUGCCUAGCAUGGACUGUAGUGCUAUAUUCAUACAAUUAAUGAAAUAUUCACAGAUAGGAAUAGCUCACUCUCUGCUACCCCAAGCCUUUGCAGCCCUUUUUUCCUCAAACUUUCUCCCAAGUCAAGAAACAAUGAAGUUUCACACACUAACUCUUCAGAUCUAAAAACAGUGCCUAAUGGACACACUUCCUCCCUGGGGUUUAAGUAGCAGUAAAGGAUGUUCUGUGCCCUGCUUCUGGGUGUUUCUUAGUUUCAUUUAUACAUAUACAUUUCUUAGUGUGUCUACUGUUGUAAAUUUUAAUAAAAAGUAAUAUUUAUUCAUCACUCCAACAGUAUUAAUAUAUUUUAUAUAUACGUGAUAUUCUUUGUAUAUAUAAAACAUUGUUUUCACUUAAAAAAGAAAUGUAUCACUCCACAAAGUGCCAUAUGAAUAUUUUGGUUAAGAAUCCUAUUGACUGAAGUCACUGUCCCUGAUUCUGUCAUCAAAAAGAUCCUGUCUGAAAAAGAGAAAUGUAGCAGAUCAGAGCAUGGUAGGACAUGACCGCCUGUCACAAGCCAAAACUCAUCCAAACAAUGCUUGGAUGAACCAAAAGCAGAAAUUUCUGGCUGGUGCUGGUGAAAACCAGACUAAAUUUUACACUAAAGUCCUCAUGCACGUGGUUGGGUACAGUGGUAGUGCUGUCAUAGUUUGAUAAGUGGGGAAAGUAACUGCAUUCACUGCAGUUAAUAUAAAGAGUAUCAAUUUAAGAGAUAUAAGGAUUACUAUUUUAAACAUGGGACGGUAUUUUUGGUAUUUUCCUUAAUUAGUAUCAAUUUCAUACAAUUUGUUCAAAAAGAUACCCUUUAAUUUAGUAUUUUGUUAUAAAAUAUACAAACCUACAAAAAAAGUGUUAGGGAACAAAUACUUUCCUAUGGAUCCUAAUUCUGGGGAAGAUACACAUUUCAAUAACAUUCAGUAAUGUUUUAUAAAAAGACAAAUACACAGAAUUAGCUUCGUUAGAUGGUUUUGAAUUGAACAAAUCAGCCCACUCCAGGAUGCUAAUAAAUUAUGGACAAAUGUUUAGUGUAUUUUUCUUUUGCUGGUUUUUGAAUGGUUCCAUUCAUGUGAGGGGGGUAUGGCCCUGCCUUCAGUUCAAAUUUUUUAUUUUCUGUUUGCCAUGUUUAGUUGAAUUUGGCUCCAUAUUGACAGAUGACUAUUGAAUAAAACAUUGAAACUUUU